AUGGAUGAACGUGCGAUUGUUCUGACGGACAAAUAUCUCUACAAGUUAGAUCCACGCAAGAAUUUUCAUAUGAAAAAGACGGGUAUAUCAAUCAACGAUAUUACUGGUUUAAGUGUUACAUCAGGCAAAGAACAACUGAUUGCCGUUCACUUGGUAUCGAAUAAUGAUUUAGUCUUUUACAUGCAUACAAAACUUGAUCGUGUGGGUGAAUUUGUUGGUCUUAUUGCUAAACUCAAACGCAAAUCAUCGAAUUUUACGGUGGACGUUCAGCGAUAUGUCUCUGCACAAAUUGAUAAGCACAACCACAUCAUCAAUAUUAUUUCAGGUGGUGUCGAUAAAGUGGAGUUUCGUAAAGGAUCGAAUAAAAACAUCUCAUUAUUGUUGCCAAAUAGUGACUAA